UAAAUUUAAAUUCAAAUAAAAGAGGUUCAAUAUUUAUUUACAUAGGAAACUAUACAUUUUAACAUUUUUUUUCAAAAAUCCAUAAGAAAAAGCAAUAUUGGAAAUUGGAAUGCAUAAUGAGAAAUGCUUGGAUUUACACCACUUUUGAGCUAUCGUGAAAUUUUCGAGCUCACACAUAUGUAAAUUAUCCCAAAAUUAGCGAACUAAAAUAAAUAAAAGUCGAAAUCGAAGAGAUUCCCACAGCCCACCCACGCACAAACUCUCCCGCGAUCAUCUUCUCGUUCCCCAUUUCCUUGCACUUUUAUUAAAAUGGAUCUUCCGGUGAUCGAUCUUUCCGACUACUUGUCGACAACGGCUACAUCAGAUGCCCAACUCAGUGAGCUAUGCGGCGUAGUGAGCCGCUCCCUAAGGGAGACUGGGGCUCUGCUUGUCAAGGAUCCAAGGUGCUCUGCUCAGGACAACGAUCUUUUCAUUGAUAUGAUGGAGAGGUACUUUCAGUCCCCCCGUGAUUUCAAGCUUCUGCAGGAGAGACCCCAUUUACAUUACCAGGUUGGGGUGACCCCAGAAGGGGUGGAAGUCCCCAGAAGUUUGGUUGAUGAAGAAAUGCAGGAAAAAUUAAGAGCCAUGCCGGAAGAAUAUCGGCCAUCCUCUCCAAAGGGCCCAGAUUGUAAGUGGCGGUACAUGUGGAGAGUGGGUCCUCGGCCCUUACAAACCAAAUUUAAGGAACUCAAUGCAGAGCCCGUCAUACCUGAAGGUUUUCCCAAGUGGAAGGAUACCAUGGACUCUUGGGGUUACAAAAUGAUAUCGGCCAUAGAGGUUGUUGCUGAAAUGGCAGCCAUUGGAUUUGGUCUGCCUAAGGAUGCAUUCACUUCCCUAAUGAAGCAGGGACCACAUCUUUUAGCUCCCACAGGAAGUGACCUUCAAACUCACGGCCGAGAGGGAACUGUGUUUGCAGGAUAUCACUAUGACCUUAACUUCUUAACAAUUCAUGGCAGAAGUAGAUUUCCUGGUUUAAAUAUCUGGCUUAGAAAUGGGCGAAAAGUUGAGGUGAAGGUUCCCGUAGGAUGCCUUCUCAUUCAAACUGGAAAACAGAUAGAAUGGUUGACUGCAGGAGAUUGUAUAGCUGGAAUGCACGAAGUUGUUGUGACAAGCAGGACAACAGAUGCAAUCAAACUAGCAUCCGAGCAAAAUCGGAGCCUUUGGAGAGUGUCGUCUACAUUGUUUGCUCAUAUAGCGUCUGAUGCUAUCCUGAAACCCUUAGGCCACUUUGCAGAAUCUCCACUUGCUAGCAAAUAUCCUCCCCUGUGUGCAGGAGAGUUUGUGGAGAAAGAGCUUGCUGUAAUCAAUCUGAAAGGACAAAGUAAAGAGAGCUAGUAACUUCUAGCAAGUGAAUUCUUUGUUUUGGCCAUGUCAAACUGAACAGAAUUUAUGUUGUUUUAAUAAAAUUGAGUGCUAAUUGCAACAAGGAUGCUCCAGACAUGUUUGUCUUCUAGCUGCAGAAACUUGGUUACUGGAGGAUUCAUUUUAUCUUGUUACACAACAUUUUCCUUCUCACUCUACUAUGUAAUAUUCAACAUUUGCGCUUGCAUGGUAGAUGUUUCUCAUGUUUUAAAACAUCUUUUGUGAAUUACUAUACUUGUUUGGCCCUUUUCUAAUUCCAUAAUGUGUUCAAAUUUCUUCUACUGAAAAGAAAA